AGGUCAGGAGAGUUCUGGUAUGGUAUUAAGUGAUGGGAAAGAAUUCAGUGUAAAGAAAGGGAUGGGUUUGGUAGAUAGUGUUUAUGCUGAUGUAACACCAAAUGAAAAAGGGUACAUAGGCAUUGGUCAUAAUCGUUAUUCUACAACAGGAAAGUCAUUAGUGUUGAAUUGUCAGCCUUUUGUUGUUCACUCUAACUAUGGCAAAAUAGCUGUGGCGCAUAAUGGUGAACUAGUGAAUGCAGGUAAAAUUCGAAAAUCUUUGUUAAAACAAGGAAUCGGUUUAUCUACAGAAUCAGAUAGUGAGCUUAUAACGCAGCUUUUAGUUCAAGAACCACCCGGUGAACAAAACGGUGUAGACUGGGUCUCAAGAAUCACCAAUCUAAUGCAGAUCGCUGAAUGUUCUUUUUCUUGUGUUAUGUUGACUUCUGAAAAUGAAAUAUUUGCUUUUAGAGAUCCAUUCGGUAACAGGCCUCUAUGUAUUGGAGAAUUGUCUAAAAAUACCAGUAUUGAAUGCGGUGAAAGUAAGAAAGUAUGCAGACAGUUAUCAAUGUACAUUGUUUCAUCCGAGUCUUGUGCAUUUACUUCUAUAGGUGCAGCCCUUAUUCGUGAUGUAAACCCUGGUGAAAUUAUUCGCAUAUGUCCUGAUGGAAUUCAAUCCUUAGGAAUAGUCGGUAGAAACAGAGAAGAUUCUCAUUCAGCAUUUUGUAUAUUUGAGUAUGUUUAUUUUGCACGCCCUGAUUCGUUUUUCGAAGGACAAGAAGUCUAUACCGUGCGCAAAGAGUGUGGUCGUCAACUUGCACUAGAAAGUGCCGUAGAAGCAGAUGUAGUUAGUACUAUUCCAGAUUCUGCAGGUCCAGCUGCAAGAGGAUUCUCUGAGAAAUCUGGAAUACCAUAUGAAGACGUUUUUAUAAAAAAUAGAUACAUCGGUAGGACAUUUAUUCAACCUAAUUCUGCAGACAGAAAACUUGGUAUAACAACUAAGUUUGGGACUCUAAAUAGUAACAUUAAAGGAAAUCGUAUUGUACUUAUAGAUGAUUCUAUAGUUCGUGGAAAUACAAUGCCUCACGUUAUCGAGAUGUUAAAAAAUGCUGGCGCAAAAGAGAUACAUAUACGAAUUGCGUCUCCGCCUUUAAAACAUCCUUGUUUUAUGGGUAUUAACAUUCCUACCAAAGAAGAAUUAAUUGCAAACGAUUAUAACUCUAUGGAAUUGGCUAAGUAUUGGGGUGUAGAUAGUUUGGUAUAUCUUUCUUUAGAUGGCCUGACACGUGCUGUGAAAAAAAAUAGUUCUAAACAGGAUGGUCACUGUAUGUCGUGUUUAACAGGCAAAUAUCCAGUCCAACUGCAAUGGUAGACAGUUAACUAUAAUAGGAAAGUCAUUUGGUUGAAAUUUAUAAAGCCUACCAAUAAUUUCAUUAGAAUUGUUAGUUGAAAUUUCAGGUACGAAUUUUUAUGAAACUCAUUUCAAUUAAUACCAAAAUUAUAAUAUCAACGGAGUUGAUAUAUAUAUAUAUCGCAGUUGACGUAUCGGCAAUUAGGUCAUAACAAAAAUUGUAAAUACGCAGAUUUUUUAACUACUGAUUAAUUCUAUAAUAUAUUUUUUACAACAAAAUUCAGUAACAUAAAUUUCAUAUGUAUUACUUAAAAUCUUAUAAUGUAAAAAUUUUUUAUAGUAACGAAACUUGCAGGAUCAUA